AUGUUAAUAUACUUAUUACAGAAGGACCCAGAAGAAAGAUGUCGUAAAGAACAUUAAGCCAUUGAAGAUCAGUUGAUUUGCUUGUAAUAUUUUGAUAUUUUGCACAGCCAAACCAAAGCGAAGCUUUAUAAAGCUUUGCUUCGUAUAAUGGCCCAAAAUGCAGUAUUGACUAAUUAUGAGUCUGGUUCAUUGAUUUGGAAAUAUAAUGAUAGACAAGAUAAAAUAAUGAUCCUAUAUUCUGGUUCAAUUCAAUAGUAUCAAGAGAUGUCGGAUGGUGAAUUAGAAGACAAAAGAAAAAUACUUAUGAAAUAAUACAAAUCUGAUAUUUUUAUUGAAAGACCAGGCAGAAGAGUAACUGCAGCAUACUAGUAGAAUGGUUUAUUAACUUUUACAAUUAAUGAUCAACCUAGAUUGCGUAGAGCACAGGUUUGUGAUUUACCAUAAAAAGUAGAAUUGAAAAGAACAAAUAGCAUAAGGCAUAACCGUUAUCCCCAAUUACCCCCAUAAUACCUAUAGGCAUUAAAUGCAGAAAUGGACCAACUAUUAAAAGGAAUUAAACUGCACAAUGAUUCAUACUUUUAAUAUUUAUUAAAUCAGUGCGUUUGCAAUGCAAGACAAACCUAUUAAUUUAAAGAGGGAGAACUCUUAAACAAUGAUCUUCAAUUGAAAAAACACAAUACAUUGCUUCUUGCACUAUCUGAUUGUGUAAUCAUUCAAAUGAAUUUAAGUGAUUAUUAAAAUGUAGAAAAUCAAAUCAAAAUCUAAAGAUAAUCGAAAAUAUAUAGAUAAUUAGAGGCUGGAUUUGUAAGUGAAAUUACUGAAUCAGAAAAUGAGAUGCAUUAACUUGUAAAAUCUUUGAUGAGCAAAUUUAUAAAAUUUAAAUACAAUCCUAAUAACACAAUUUAUUAAAAGGGGUAACAAUUGACAUUCAUAUAUGUUCUCGUUUUAGGGGAAUGUUAAAUUAAUGAUGAUCAGAAUGCUUUGGCUAGGGUCAAUCAAGGAUGUUUAUUAGGAGAAGAAUCAUUUGAUGCUCAUUAAUAUUAAUUCAAAUGUGUUACAACAACCAAAUGUAAAUUGUAUGGGGUUAAAAUUACCGAUAUAAAUAUGUUAUGUUAACGUUACCAUUGGUUCAAAUAAUAACUAUUAAAUAAGAAGUAAAUCAAAUCCAAUUGGUUAAAUAAUAGACUCAUAGAUUAAUAAAAAAGAAAACGAGUAGAAUCCAAUAGUAUUAAGUAUUAAUUCAAUGUCUAAAUUAAUAAAAUAUAGAAUUUUCAACAACAAUAACUCAAAACUCACAGACCUACCUAAUCAUAAAAUAUUUUUGAUAAAAAUUAAUACCAAGAAAUAAUGUCAUAUCGUGGCUAAUUUCGAAAUACAAGUAGACUAAGAAUAAAGACAAAGCUACCAAAACAACCUUAAUCCUAACCAAGCUUUUCUAAGGAUUUUAGUAAUGAUAUUGAUAUCCUUCCUAUGUUAAUGAAUUUAGAUAAAUAGUAAAGUAAUAAUCUAAGAGAACUACUGAAAAAGGGUAAAAUUAGACCUUAUUAAUAAUAAAUUUAAAAAUCUACUUCAGCUUAAAAUUUCUUAUCUGUUCCUUGUAAAGAGUCAACUUAAAAAAUAUUGAAACGGAUACAAUAAUACUUAGGCUGA